AUGGCAGCUCAAGGGUUCGAAAAGCAGAAUGACCCGAUCAGUGUAGCUGCAGGAGUGGGCAGGAACCGUAAGAGCUUCCUCUCCUUUGGAGAUAAGGGUCUCACAGCGAGCGUGGGUGCAACUGGGCGGUUGCUCCGGAUCACUCAACAUUUCCUUGGAGAGAAGACAGGAAUCUGUUUGGACGAUAAGAGAAUGCUAGAGCCUUACUACGUUUCGCGGCGCCUGGCAGAUUUUCUGGACCGUUCACUGGACGAAAGCUUGGGAGGAAUCGGCCCCAGUAUUGACGCCUUGUGUUCUGGAAGAGAAACUGAGCAAGACAUUGUCAACAAUCGAUGGCCUACUUUUACUCGACCACUACGAGGCGAUACCUCGAACAAGCUGCGUGUCUCUUAUAUGGUGUUUCGAGGAUCGGAAGCGAAGGAACUUACGAUGAAAAUCUUGCAGACUCUAUCGCUGGACACAGAAGUACUCAUCAGGGACCUCGACUUCGUGGACGGAAACAACCCCUUCAAUGAGGCUUUGUCUCAAACAGGUAGCGAUGAAUCGGAAGUGCAGACUUACACCACAUGUAUUGCCGAAGGGAAAACAAACAACCAUGUUAGGUGGGAGCACCAUAGUCGUAAAAAACAUUUCGUCCUCCACAUACACGUCCUGGACCAGAAUAGCACAACUGAAUUUGUCAAGCCAGACUCGAAGGCUGAGAAGUCUUGCUACGCGCCCAAGUCCAGUUACGAUUUGCCAGAUUGGAAGAUGUUUGUCGAGGCUGACGGGCUUAUUCGACGUCAUAAAACAGUACACUUGACGAACAACCAUAUCAUCGACUCUUUUCUUACAAGAAACCUGGAAUACAUCUUGUCUGUCUGCAGCAUUCCCGUCUCUGAACCGGAUGCUGAAGGAAUACCUGCUGUUGCUCUCACCUGCGGCGAUGUUGAUGGUCAUCGAGUGGCAACAGCUGCAAGCUUCUACGCUUUCCAACUUUUGCUUCUUGGCAUGGAUCGCCUCAAAAUCUUGCAUGCCAACUUGGAAAAACAACAUUGCACGUGUGAUCGUGACAACAUGCCUAUACCCUCCACAGCGCAUCCUAUCUGCAUGAUGAAGUGGCGUAUUGAACGUGUAUGCAAGGGCCAUAUGAAAUGGAUCUUCGAGAAAGCAAUUUCGCCCAAGAACCAGUUCAGGCAGUUCUGUCCUAAUCAUUGGACCAAUGGCGAUGAUAUCGACGGCUGGGAAUCUAGCGAGUGGCUUCCGGGAAAGUCUCUUGUUGAUGCACCUCUCCAAUUUCUCAAAGCAGCGGACUUUUACAAGAAGCUCGGCAAAGACAUGCCGGAGGAGCCUCUGCGAACGGCGAGGACCGCUUACAUGAGCUGGAUCCGAGACCUCGAGAAGGUUGAGAAGUCCAGAAAAUACGCAUUUCCCUCUUACAAGCCCAGCGACGAUAGGAAACCGACCAAAACCUUUUAUCUCACAGACCAUGCUCUGAUUUGGCAAGCAGUCAAAUCUUGGGAGUCAACGAAGCUUCAGUCCGCAUCUGUGGGUGGCCCUGAGAAUGCAGGAAGAUAUUCGGCAAAUAGGUUGCGAGAAAACAUUGUUCAGAGAUUCGCCACUGAGAAUCCUUUCUUGAAGAACAGAAUGGUCGCCGUCAAACGAAGUCCCACUCAAACGCGAUUUCUUCUUCGCUCAAAAGAUGUUGCUCUUUUCCGCGCGAAGGAAGAAGGCUUGUUCAAGAAAACUGACACACAGUGGACGAACACCCUCGACUGCCAGAAACAUCACGAAGGAAAUGACGACACCGACUGGAGUGAUCCUCGAAGAUUCGCUCUAGCUAUUACAAUGGUUCAGCAUGGAAAACUCAUCAACUUUCGGACCAGAGAGGAAUUGAUUGACCAGGCCUUAUCAGCUUUGCUCAGCAACUCCUCAUUCAACGGACUUUUUACAGGGACGUAUGAUGAACGCCCAGGUCCAGCCACACACGAAGACAAUUACGCAACAGUCAUUUUCGAAGUUCCAUACAUUUUAUGGAAAGACUACUGCCCCAGGGUGCACGGUAAUCCUGGUGAUGGCACAAGACGUAUCUUGGACUCCCAAGAGAGCCGUCUCAAGCUCAUGUCCCAGCCCAUCGAGGGGGCCUCCAACCAUUUGGGAAACCUGAAAGUUCAUCCGGCAGGGCCAACAGAGGGAAGAUACCACAAUGACUAUUGGAUGAAACACAAUCUCCCCUUCAACAAUGUGAUAAACGACAGCAACAUUGUGGACCUGCAGGACGAGUGGCUUUACAACGAACCUGCAUUCUUCGUCAACAUCACCAAUGACGGCAUGGGAGGUCAUUCGGAUGCCAACGCCAACACCAACACAGAGGCUUCUUCAACGGCAAAUGCCCAUUCUGCGAACGUUCGAAUAAUGAUCGACAUUCCAGAACACAAGCCGCUAAAGGACAAGCGGCCAGUUGGGAGUCUUCAAGUGCAUGACUUUCCGCACGAUAAGGAGAACAACUCAAGUUGCAUCAAUACCUUUGCCCCAAACGAAGAAGGUGAAAAAGCAGAGAUGGAACAGUUCUUCCAUAGGCACAAGGCUAGCAGCAACUUUUUCACAGAGGAAACGAUAGCAGCAAACACAUGGACAACGGGAUUCCAUAUGGCGUUUUUCUCCGCGAUGGACACUCAUGAAAUGGCUCGGCAGAUUAUAUGGCAUGUCGAAAGGGUAGCAAUGGGAUUCCGGUUUGAGGGCGACUUUUUCGACAGAUAUUGGACCUGCCGUUUCGUUGUGGCUGAGGAAGAAGCGAAGAGGAAUUUGAUUGAGUUUCUGCAACAAGACCACAUGGACCAGACUCAAGGCUCUUGCGAAGUCAAGACUGGUCCAUGGGAACAACGGAAAGUACUUGAAUUGAUGUUGUUUGGAAGCAUCAUCAGGAGAAUGGCUAAGAGCGCGGGUGAUAUCCUGGAACUGGCUGAGGGAACUGUUAGGGAUCAGAAACACAGAUUGGAUCGGAGGCUUGACAGGCUCCAGAGGUUUCAAGAUUCCAUGGGAUACCAGCUGCCGACUUCAGAUGAUGACUCUCCAGUUGAUUAUCGUAGCUUCCUCCUCACCCGUAACGAGUUCCGCAAGUUUCUGGCCCAUUUGCAGACGAUUCAUGGAGACUUCGCAAAAGCCAUGGCCAUCAUUAAUCAUUGGCUCAAUCGAGAAAAUGACCGUCAAGCUGAACGGCCCCGGUGGACUUUCAAAGACGAGAGUCGCUAUAGGUCAGUCUUGAACAAGUUACUUGUUACAAACCUUCGGGGCAUUCAAGACCUGGAGCGGAAUUUGACCGAGAUGUCAAACCUUGCAGAAUCUAUUGCAAAACAGCUCGAGUAUUUGAGUAGCCAUCUCGAAGUCAUGGUGAAUAAUCAAACCCAACGAAAUGCCGAGGCCAUCAAACUUUUCACAAAUACCACUGCUAUAUUCCUGCCUCUAGGGUUUGCGACAGGCAUGUUCAGCAUGAGCGGGACGCCUGAUGUGCAAACGGUCGGUAGAAUGUUUGGACUGUUUGGUGGAGUCUUCAUCGUGGGCACAUUGACAAUUCUUCUUGUCACAAAGGUCAACGUCAACUUUGCGGCGCUGAUCAGGCGGGCUUGGGAGGAGCUGACCAGGCGGGCUCAGGCGAGGGCGCCAGAAGAUCAUGAACGCGCCCUUUGGGAGACACGGAGGAACAACGCAAGGAGAACCAAUUAGA